AUGUCGCUGAAAGACUUUACGCUAUUUCGAAAUCGUAAUUAUAAGGCCGACACUGAGUACGUAGUGAAAGUGGCCAAGACUUUGUUAACACCUGUGGGUAUUUGGCCGCUCUACCGAGGUAACUCCAAGUCGGAUAAAAUUAAAAAUUACCUCCAAACAGGAGUAAUAUUUGGAUUGAUGUGCUAUUUGCUUGUCCCACACAUCAUAUAUACCUUUUUCGAUGCAGAGGAUCUGACAAGAUAUAUGAAGGUUGUAGCCGCUCAGGUGUUCAGUCUACUUGCCAUUAUUAAAUUCUGGACAAUGAUUAUUAAUAGAGAAGAGAUCAGAUACUGUCUGCAGCAAAUGGAAAUGCAGUAUAGAAACGUGGAAUGCGAGGAAGAUCGAUUGGUGAUGAUGAAGAGCGCCAAGAUUGGGAGACUCUUCACGGUGACGUACUUGGGAUUAUCAUACGGCGGCGCAUUGCCUUAUCAUAUAAUUAUGCCGUUGCUGGAGGAUAGAAUUGUCAAAGAAGACAACACGACACAAAUACCUCUACCCUAUCUUAGCGACUACGUUCUUUUUGUAGUGGAAGACUCGCCGUUCUAUGAGAUUACCUUUGUUUCGCAAAUUCUGAUUAGCAGCAUUAUCCUCUCUACGAAUUGCGGUGUUUACAGCUUGAUUGCUACUUGUGUGAUGCACAGUUGCUGUUUGUUCGAAGUCGUGCGCAGACAGAUGGAAACAGUCCUCGAUGAUGAAAUCAAUAAUCUUCACAAGCGAUUUGGGAGAAUAAUCGAGCAUCAUAUGCAGGCUAUCAAAUUUGCAGAGAUGAUUGAGAAAUCAUUAAACAUUGUUUUUUUAUGUGAAAUGGUUGGUUGCACUAUUAUUAUAUGCUUUUUGGAAUUCGGCGUUCUUAAGGAAUGGGAAAACGGAAAAAUCUUAAAUAUGGGUACAUAUUUUGUUUUAAUGACAUCAAUAUUUGUAAAUGUUUUUAUUAUAUCAGCUAUCGGUGAUCGCCUUAAAGAAGAGAGCGAAAAGAUAGGAGAAUCGUCGUAUUCUAUCAAAUGGUAUGAUUUGCCAUCACAAAUUGUAAAAGAUUUAAUUUUGGUGAUGCUUAGAUCAAAUCGCCCGUCAACUUUGACAGCCGCAAAAAUAUUCGAUCUCUCUCUUCAAGGAUUCUGUGAGGUUUGCAAAACAUCAGCGGCGUAUUUUAAUUUUAUACGAGCGAUGACUACAUAAAUUUUCAAC